ACAAGCCCACUACAUAUUUCACAGUCACAGCGCCGCUUAAUCUUCAUCUUCUUCACCCUACUCUCCUCGUCAAUUCCAAUUUCCAUAUUAAUCGAAGGAAUUCAAAUUUUUAGGAGAUUUUGAUUAGAGAAAUCCUUCUGUUCAGUCCUCGAAAAUUCCACAAGAAAAAUUCUACAUCUACUUGUUAUGCCCUAAAUCCAGCGAUACCUGACAUCAACAACACAAGGGAUACAUCACAGCUUCGCAUCCAUUUUCGAUUUCAGAAGAUCGAAGUUGCGAUGGACGGUCCUGAUCGCGAGGCGGUAGAGAAAUGCGACGGAUCUGAAUCGAAUUCGGUGGCGAUUGCGAAGAAACUGAUACACGGCAGGAUGCUGAUCGGAAUCAAGGACGGGCGGUUCUUCGUAGGCUCGUUUUACUGUAUGGAUAAGCAAGGGAACAUCAUUCUUCAAGACGCGGUCGAGUAUCGCAGCACCAGACGGUCUUCCCCUUCUCCGAUGGAGCAUCGUGGCGUCGGUCUCAUCCUCAUCCCCUCGUCGUGCAGGACUUCUUGCCACGUCGAUUGCUCCAUUCAGGAUCAGCUCUCUCUGCUCUCCCUAAACCACGACUGACCGAUCAUAUCAACGGACGGUCAAUCUCUUGUUUCAGGUCGUCGUUUGAUAGUUUCGUUUAAAGCGACGCAUUUCCUUUUGAAAAUGUGUAUUUUCUGAAACUGAGUGAUUGAAAAUUGAAGAAAUAGGGCUAUGAAUCAGGUUGGUAUUGAAA